UCCAACUAAAACACGCAGAUCUGAUCCCUCCCUCCUGCCAGUCAACAGCCACAGUGACGUCAGUGGAGUGCACGGGAGCGCGCGGCAGCAGGUGAGUGCGCUGCGUCGCCUCCUCUGUGCCGGAGACGCAGCGGCUCAGCGGCGGAGCGGCGGCGUCAUGGGGAAGCUCCAGGAAUUUGACAUCACGUUCAGCGGCAACAAGGUGGUCUACGGCCCCGGGGAGUCCAUCGGCGGCACCGUGAAGAUCCGGACCAGCAACACGCUGCAGUACAAAGCCAUCAAGGUGAACUGUCAGGGCUCGUGUGGGAUCUCCAACAAAAUGAACGAGCCCUCUUGGAGCAUGGAGGAGCAGUACUUCAGCAGCACAUUGUCUGUUGCUGACAAAGGGACUCUGGCGGCAGGCGAACACAGUUUCCCGUUCCAGUUUCUUAUUCCAGUCGCUGCCCCGACUUCCUUCGAGGGACCAUUUGGGAAGAUUAAUUACCGCGUGCGGGCCGCCAUCGACACCCCCCGCUUCUCUAAGGACUACAAAGCCCAGAAACCCUUCUACCUGCUCAACCUGCUGAACCUCAAUGAGGUGCCAAACAUUGAACAAUUGAGCUACGCUGUGACCACAAAGAAAUUCAGCUACCUGCUGGUGAAGACGGGGACCCUGAUGCUGAAAGCCCGCAGCGACCUGAGGGGCUACAUCCCCGGGCAGGUCAUCAAGCUAGCAACUGAAAUCCACAACAAGUCUGGGAAGGACACGGGAUGUGUACUGGCCAGCCUCAUACAGAAAGUGACCUAUAAGACCAAGCGGCCUUUGUUUGACCUGCGGACCAUCGCAGAGGUGGAGGGCGCCGGAGUGAAGGCAGGAAAACACGCCGAGUGGCGGGAGCAGAUCAUUGUCCCUCCUCUUCCUCAGUCGGUGCUCGCAGGCUGCAGCCUCAUAGACAUUGAGUAUUUCAUACAGGUGUCGCUGAAGUCUCCCGACGCAGUCGUCACUCUGCCCAUCUACAUCGGCAACAUUGCUGUGAACCUUUCUCCAUCGAGGACCAUUCCCUCCACUCCAAACCGCUGCGGCGGCGGGGCCAACGCACCCGGUGCAGCAGGGGUCACACCCAGUGCCCCACCGGCCGAGCCAGAUGAGGGGUUGUGUGCCGCGGGCAUGGCCAGCGAGGAGAUCCCGACCAAGAGCCACUCUCAGCAGGAUUCCUCCGGUCAGCCGGUCACCAUGUCGCCCGGCGCCUUCGGCCACGCACCAGGUGCAGCGCUGCCUCCCGGCCACAGGCGGCCCGACAUGUCGGCUCAAAUGUUCUGCGUGUCCACCGGCGCCACCAUACCUUACUUCACCGAGGGAGACGUGACCCCUGUCCCCACUUCCUGUUCGCUCAUUCUCCCUCCAGAGUACAGCAGCUGGGACUACCCUCAUGAGCCUCCACCCAGUUACGAGGAAAGCUGCAGCAGCGCAGAAUCCAGCUUCACCAGCCGCCAGUAGGAGAAGCAGGCGAUGAAGCCUCGUGAACACACCCACCCCCAUCUGUCUGCACUUGCCUGUCGACCAAUCAGAACAAUCAGACACUCUGGGUGAAAGAGGAUGGACGGUAUACCCCCCCAUCCCCUUCUCCAACGCCCCAAAGAUUUUUUUUAUCCUUCUUUUUCCUCUAAUAAUUAAAAAAGGGAUCAUAUCUUGUAUUGAGUAUAAGAACUUUAAUUUCCCCUCCUGUCCCUGCAGGUUGAGUCAGGUGACUUAUCACUGUGCCUAAAAGACAGGUUUUGGAUUGUCGCGCAGCGUCUCGAGGAUUCAGGGGCUGGACAUGUUGUCUCCUCCUUUUUAUCUGGUCAUCAGUGAAUCCUUGCAUCUGUGAUGCCUUGGAAAUGAUUGGGGUCCAUGACAAGACCCGGCGUUAGCCUUUUUAGUGUUUGUGCUGUCCUUCUAGUUGUGCACUUGUUACUUUUGCCCAUUGCUCGUCCAUGUGUGUGUCCUCACCGUGAGCGAGGCUGAGGUGUCUUCAUGCUGGAUGUCAAGAGGAGAGCUCACAGCCACAGCUCGUGGUCUGUGUGUCAAACCAAUCAGAUCUCCCAUGUGUUGGACCUUUCAUCUUUCAUCUUUCAAAUCCUACUCAUAGGGAAAUAACGUCUUAGGUAAAACCUCUCAGUUGUGUAACUUUAAACACGGAUAGCAGUAAAAAUAUUCAAAAUACAUUUGUCUAUUUGAUUGCUUUAUUGACAUGAAUGCAUGAAUGAAUAUAUUGUUAAUUAUUAUGUUGAGAACAUGUAAAAUUCAAACCAGGAGAGGAAGUAAUAAAUAACUUUAAAAAAAAGGUGUAUAAUAUUAUGAUUGAUAUGAUUCUGAUUAUAUAGCAGUGUGCUGCCACCCUGUGUCGACUCGUAACUGAGAGGUUUUGCUUUAAGAGCAGUUUUGUAUUCUGGGGACAGUUGAGGCUCAUGUCCCUGCAGCAGGACUCCUCUGCCCUCGUGUGGCCACAGCUGGUAAACGCUUUCCUCUCAUCUUGGUCCAGAAGCAAUGAUGAGCCGUGCAAACCAAGAAACCUGAGUCUUCAACGCACCAUCUGACGUCGGUUGUAUAAAUAUACAUUUUUGUUGCUUGCAACUGUCUGUUGAGCAGAGCUGGCAAAUACAGAGUAUUUAGUUUUUAGAAGUGAUUCAGUUGUUGUGCAUCCUUGUUUCAGUCCUGUGAGGCCACAGAUUGUUUCUCUCUGUGUUGCCUGGACUUUCUUUUGGUGCAGAUCAAUGAGAAGAAGAGAGAAUCCUCUGAGAUGAACAUCGGUGCAGAUGAUAAACGUACAUGUGCACGACGCUGCACUUACUGUCGCCCCGAGUGUGUGAAUUUCUGUGAAUGUGCACUUCUACUGUAUAUGUGUGUGUGUCUGAAUAUCUGAACUCACUUGACUGUGUGUGUGUUUUGACUCAAACUCAACAGUUCAAAUAGAUUUCUGUGUUUCAUUUUUUGGUAAAGUAAUUUCUUUCUUUACCUGCAUGAUUUUAGUUUUACAGCAACACUAUGUCACAGCGCCCCCUGCAGUCACACAUAGGGGCUGAAACUAAACCAAGCUGCUGUUUAAAGCUCAAAAAGUGUUUCAUAGUGUUGCUUUAAUUCAUUUGAAUUCAAAUGUCAUUUUAUGAUUUUUAUGGUGUCACCAUUGUCCAAAUUAAUUCAUCAAGAAAACUUUCUGCUUUGCACAUAUACAAUGUUUGGUCAUAUGUCAUAAAUAACCGCUCAUUAUUUGUGUUUUAUAUUGGAUUUGACCUUAAUUUGUCUAAUUUAUAUAUUCAUUACAGAAAAUAUCCUUAUUUUUAUCAGGCCAAGACCAACACCCACUCUUUGCUUUCCUGUGGGAAACUAAUGCCACUGAAAACCGUAAGCACAAUUAAGACUGAAUGUUUGUGUGUCCGCUGGUGUGUUUGUCGUAUUCCACCACACAUAAGUACGAUAUCACGUUUUUUUUUUUCUCUCUUGACUAAAGAUCAUGUUGCCACGUGUUCUUAAUGUGAAAUCUCCACAAAUUUGAUUUUAACAAUAGUGUUGUGGCUGGACAUUAUUCUGAAUGCAUGCCUUAAACACUGUGAACGUUCAUCGCCCCCUACAGGAGCCUGUGAUACUCUCUCCUGUGGACUGUGCGAAGUGCACUUGAUGUAAACAAAUGUAGCUUUUAAACACAC